AUGCCUGCCUCCCGUGAAGACUCCGUUUACCUUGCCAAAUUGGCUGAACAAGCCGAGCGUUAUGAGGAGAUGGUUGAAAACAUGAAAGCCGUUGCUUCCUCCGGCCAAGAGUUGUCUGUUGAAGAGCGCAACUUGUUGUCUGUCGCUUACAAGAAUGUCAUCGGUGCCCGCCGUGCGUCCUGGAGAAUUGUCUCCUCUAUCGAGCAAAAGGAGGAGGUCAAGGGUAACGAGCAACAAGUUUCCUUGAUCAGAGAGUACCGUGCUAAGAUCGAGGCCGAGUUGACCAAGAUCUGUGAGGACAUCUUGUCUGUCUUGACCGACCACUUGAUCACAUCCGCCCAGACUGGCGAGUCCAAGGUCUUCUACUACAAGAUGAAGGGUGACUACCACCGUUACUUGGCCGAGUUUGCCAUCUCCGAGAAGAGAAAGGAGGCUGCUGACUUGUCCUUGGAGGCUUACAAGGCUGCUUCUGAUGUUGCCGUCACUGAGUUGCCACCAACCCACCCUAUUAGAUUGGGUUUGGCCUUGAACUUCUCCGUUUUCUACUACGAGAUCUUGAACUCCCCAGACAGAGCCUGCCACUUGGCCAAGCAAGCCUUCGACGAUGCUGUUGCUGACUUGGAGACCUUGUCCGAGGACUCUUACAAGGAUUCCACUUUGAUCAUGCAAUUGUUGAGAGAUAACUUGACUUUGUGGACUGACUUGUCUGAGGCUCCAGCUCAGCCAGAGGAGCCAGAGGCACAAUCUGCCGAGGGCAAGCCCAAGGAAGAGUAG